AUGGUGCUCCUCACAUCCUCAACGGUCUCCGCCAUUGUGUCGAUGGGAGUAGUCUGCAUAUUUACUUUGUUACUAUUUGUUUCAGGCUACGUCUUACAGCAAAACUCGGUGAAGAAUAUCCAGCAUGCACUGCACAAGCCCCCCGAAGGCCCUCCAAUUGUUGGGCGCGGGUCGCCUGGAUCGACAUCCCAAAAGCCCGCGCACAAACGCGGUCUAUCAGACUCGGAUCUGGGACUAGCGGAUGAUCAAGAAGUCCUCCAUGGGAGUGGGGAUAGUCCCUCUAGGUCAAAGGGCAACUAUGCAUAUUUGCAGUUGUUGUCGCAGCCCGACCCUUCUGAUAUCUGUUCCGCCAUUCUUUUCUUUAAACAACUCGCCACUAAUGGCUCCGCCAUCCCGGAUCGCCUGUUCGUGUAUCCCGAAGAGUGGGAUCGCAUGUCGGCAACAACACUUGGGAAAGCGGGAUCGCUGGCUUUGUCCAUUCUACGCGCUGCCAGUAUCAAAUAUGGUAUCUGGCUUCUACCAAUUGACAUCAGCGUCGCUCUUCGUCAGGGAUACACAAUGUCCGACACGAAACUGCUGCGUCUGGGACAAAUCCAGUUCAUGCAGUAUGACAGCGUGCUGUACCUACAGUCUCCAGGCUUGAUUAUGGAUACAGAAAAAUUGGACCAGAUCCUGUUGUCUCGGCCACUUCCACUUAUACACGACUGGAGCCGCCCAGAGUCUUACGCAAACGAGGCAUGGACACCAAUGUCUCUCCGUCCAGACCGUGACGAGAACUUGCCGCCUGUCUACUUGAUCACGGUCAACAAUGUCGAAGGUGGACGUGUCCAGACUCGCACCCAUGUGCCUAAUGCUGAUCUUCCUGGGUUCGGCAAUCUUGUGAUUGGGCCUGCCGACUUCGAUGAAGGGGGUGAGCUGCCAGGAUAUGUAUAUUUCGAGAACGACCGCGAUGGGCAGGUCAAAUGGGCAGGGAACCCGCUGUUCGGAGCUUGGCGAGCACAGCAACACGAAGUCUGCAAAGGACUAAACUUUGACGAUGAUUUUUUAUCAUGA